GCUGCUGUGGUGUUGUGCAGCAUGUCUCUGUUGGAUUACUGGGAUACGAAACGUCCGUCUGCGAAGCGACGGAGAAUUAUCGAGGAUAGUGAGCCUGUGGAUGGAGGCGAUAAAGACAGUCCUGACUCGUCGGAUAGUCCGUUGAUAGAGGGGCCGGAUACACCGUUGCCUGAUCGACGAGAUUACUAUCGUCCUCUGGAUGAUCCUGGGCUUGAGGCUGAUAAUGAUGCUGAAAUCCCGUCAAACAGUCAAACAGAACUCGAGUCAUCCCUCCCUGCCGUCCAAACUGAUAAUCGCGCAAUCGAGGAAUAUGAAUCUUCCCGUGCAGUGGACGAGCCGAGUCUCGAGCAGAGGCUAAGAGAUGGCACAUGGCGGAAGGGCAGGAGUUCUAUUUACGUGGAUGCGUUCAAUCUUGCGCUGGAAACGGUGCUGGAUGAGGAGGCGCAUUUGUUCGAUGCGGCGGAGAUGGAAGUCUUCAAGCAGUGGCGGGAAUUGGAUUACGAAGCCCAAUAUCUAUAUGUGCGUCUCUUCCUCCGCAAAACCUCGGCCUGGCACCGCAUCAAUCGACUAGGAUACUACUCGGAUAUCGCAGACAUGCCCCGGGUAGUGACCGAAUUGCGCCGCACUCGCAAGCUUCCAUCUGCGGAUGGAAAUUCCACCGACAUCGACACCGUCCCUGUUGACACUGGCUUUGUCCUGGGCGAGGAUGGCGAAUUCAAAUUCGCCGAAGAGGUGGACCAGAUCACCACACUAGAAGAAGCGUCGUCCAUACUUCUUCUCGACGAACUGAAAACGCUCGCUAAAGAAGCCAAAGUACAAGGAAAGAGUAAAAAAGAGCUCAUCACAGCCCUACAACGAUCCAGUCAGAAACAAACCGGCCUCGACUGGGGCACAUCCCCCAACAGCAACAACCGAGACAACCAGUUCAUACAAAAAAUCCUCGACCACACAGGCGACUGCAUCCGACUCGCCUCCGGCCCUCGCGCCCUCUUCGAACGAGUCCAUCUCGUCUUCUACCGAUCCACCGAAUGGACCGAGAAAUCCCUCACCACCAUCAUCCUCGCCAAAAUCUCCCGCCGCAACUUUCCCGACUACGUCGUCUGUCGAACCAAUUCCAUCUUCCCAUCCCGCGCCACCCUCCUCGAAUUCGAAUCCGCCCUCCGCACCCAAUAUCAAAUCGACUCCAUCCUCGAAUUCAACGGCACCCCCACCCCGGACCUCCUCACCCACAUCAAAGACCUCGCCUACAAAGUCUACCCCCGCUGGAAAACCCUCCUCUACCAAGAACAACAAAAAGAAGACACCAUCUACGACUGCGGCGAGGGGGCCUACCUCCGCCGCUUCUCCCCCGCAUGGGUCUACACCCGCAUCAUCCACAAAGGCCUCCACCCACUAGCCCGCUUCAAAGAACACCUCGAAGAACACCGACUCCUCUUCGAACUCCUCUCCCAGCGCCUCUUCCACCCCGCUCGCCGCGGCGCCUGGUACCAACGUAAAGCCCUCCUCGAAGAACACUACCUCUGGGCCCUCACCCCCUCCGACACCCGCACCGAAGAAGCCCAGCGCAAACACUGGCGUCGCAUCGCCUUACAAACCUGCGAAACGGGCCUCCAGGACCCCGACUGCCAUCUCAUCUACCACUACGAUCUCCAAAAACGCAUCACGAAGUUGGAAAAAGCCCUCAAGGUGGUCAAACGUGAACAACACGACUUCGGACACGUCAUGCUCGCCAAACCAAUCACCCAUACCAUCGAGGGCAUCCAAAUCGAGCGUGAUGAUCCCGACCUCGGCUCUAAACGCGGCCGUCCGACCAUCUGGCUCGAUGAACGCGAUGGCGGCGAAUGUCGAGUCGAGAGUAUGUGUCUGAGCUGGUAUCGAGAUCGUGGUUGGAAGGGGUACCACUCCGAAGGUGGGAUUAUUCGAACAUUAUUCACCUACCUCCUCUACGACAUCCUCUUCCACCCCUACCCCAACAUCUUCCAAACCCCCUACCAAACCAGCCCCCUCGAUCUCCACACCGACACAUUCUACCCCACCCGUCUAUCCGCCAUAAACCACCGACUCGUCGAAAUCACCAACGGGGCCGCCGAAUCACUCAUUCGAGCAGUUCAUGCACGGGAAUCACCCCGCCAGACGUGCGCGAUUGGUCUCGAUUGGUCGUUUCCGGUCGAGGAUUUGGUGGAGAUUGUGCGGUGUUUGGGGGGCGAGGGGUUGGCGGGGGUUUGUCGAGUUUUGGCGCAGGAGUAUGCGGUUAGGGGGGGUGGGGUGCCGGAUUUGGUGCUUUGGAGAGUGUUUAGUGGAGAGGUCAUGUUUGUAGAGGUCAAGUCGGCGAAUGAUCGACUGAGUGAUGCGCAGCGGUUAUGGAUUCAUGUGCUUUCGUCGGCGGGAGUGAGGGUUGAGGUCUGUAAUGUUGUUGCGAGGGAGGUGAGGCGGGUUGCUUAG